AUGGCGCGGGAUAUGUCUGAUAAGGAGAUCCUGAAAAUGGAGCUGGAACAACUUCAGAAGGAGGUUAAGAACACUAGAGAGCCAGUUUCUAAAACCGCAAAGGAGAUUUGUGAAUGGGUUGAGGCCCAAGCCGCAGAAGAUCCUCUCAUAAAAGGAGUUCCUGAGGACAAAAACCCCUUCAAGGAUAAGGGUGGAUGCAUAAUAACGUAGCCCAUGUGAUUUCUUUUGGCAAAAGUAUACGAGGAUGUGUUCAUUUGUGCUAAUGAGAGCUGUUUAGCAGUCAGUUAUCUGAACUUAA